AUGGCCGGAAGCACAUUAUGGAGAAACACCGUAUGGACCUUAUUCGGCUUACGUGACUACACAAAAAGUGGUUACGAACGCAAUUCUAAAAAAUUCAAUAAGAACGCGUUAAACGCUGACCUAACGGAGAAAGUUGCCAUAGUAACGGGCGCUAACUCCGGUCUCGGAAAAUAUGUAGCCACCGAAUUGUAUAGAAGAAACGCUACUGUUUAUAUGCUCUGUCGUGAUAUUACUCGAGGUGAACAAGCGAGAAAAGACAUAAUCAAAGAAGUCGAAGAAAUUAAAGUUGAAGGCCUUGAUUCCAAGGUUAAAGUUAAUGAAACGUCGUUGAAGUUGCGUAAAGUCGAUAUUUCUGAUUUGAAGAAUGUUCGAGAGUUUGUGGAAAGUUUGAAGAAUGAGAAUGACGGAAAAUGUCAUAUUUUGGUUAAUAAUGCAGGGGUAAUGAACCAAAAACGUGAAUUCACAUCUUAUGACGUUGAAACAAAUUUUGCUUGCAACACACUGGGUACAUAUUAUCUCACAAAAUUAAUGUUUCCAUUAAUGCAAAAAACUGGACCUGGAGCGAGAAUCAUCAUAGUCUCUUCCGGAGGAAUGUAUACAAACAAACUAGACGUCGAAGACUUGCAAUUCGAAAAACUAAACCCAUUCGAUGGCACAACGGCUUACGCUCAAAACAAACGACAACAAGUAGAACUGACCGAAUACUGGUCAAAGAAAUAUCCCGAACCCGAGACUGGCGUGAAAUUCGUCGCUUUGCAUCCCGGAUGGAGUGAUACUCCUGGUGUAAGCACUUCAAUGGAAACUUUCUAUAGACAUGCGAAAUCUUACCUACGCUCUAUUCCUCAGGGCUGUGAUACGAUUUUAUGGUCUGCAUUCUCCGAAGAAGCGGAAAAAGUUCCGAGCGGAUCUUUUAUUUUUGAUCGUGAAGUUGUCCCGACGCAUUUGCCUCUUGCAAAGACAAGGUCGAAACCAGUAGAUGUUGAAAAGUUAGUAAAUGAAAUUGAAAAGUAUAUUACUAUUGGAUUGGAGGAACCAUCCGCUGAAGAAAAUUUUGCGAGCAUUUCCUCAUAA